AUGUCAGGGUUUGAUAUUUCACGGACAAUUAGAGCAAUGAGGCCACCAAUUUCGAAUAUACCGAUUAUUAUUCUAACUUCUUUAUCCGCGGAAGAAGUACAAAGCGAAUGUAUCGAGUCAGGAAUAAAUGAUUAUCUUGCAAAACCACCGAAAACCGAUGAACUUGAAAAAGUUUUAACUAA